AUGCGACCGAGCCUGUCUGCCCUAAUCGCCUUGGCUAUUCCCGCCUAUACGCUUUCACCGCGCACGUCCAUUGCUGAUUCUUAUGACUUUGUGAUUAUCGGUGGAGGCCAAGCUGGUCUUGUACUUGGCGGCCGUCUCUCAGAGGAUUCAAAUCACACAGUCCUAGUCCUUGAGGCAGGAGGCAAUGGUGACGAUUAUCGCACUCGUAUAGAUACCCCGGCAUAUGGAUACUUCCAAUCACUAUGGACAACGCCUUUGAAUUGGGCAUUCAAUACCGUUACUCAGCCAAACUUAGAGGAUCGUGAGAUCUUUUGGCCUCGGGGAAAGGUCCUUGGAGGAAGUUCUGCUAUUAAUGGCUUGUAUAUGACCCGCCCAGGUGAGAUCGAGAUCAAUGCCUGGCAAAGUAUGCUAGGAGAUAUGGACGGGGCCGAUAAUUGGUCUUGGGACUCGUUCUAUGCUGCUAUGAAGAAGAGUGAAACGUUCACACCGCCAUCAGACGCCAUAGCUAAGGAGGCAGAUAUCACUUGGGACUCCUCGGAGCAUGGCACCAACGGCCCAAUCCACUACUCAUAUCCUGGCUACAAUUUUGCGCAGGUAGGCCAAUGGUCACCAGCCUUGGCAAACAUUGGUAUUCCCAUUUCGGCAAAGAUGUACGGUGGUGACAAUUGGGGUGCAGAGGUGUCAACCUCGUGUAUCAAUCCUACCAACUGGACGCGGUCCUAUAGUCGCACUGGAUAUCUCGAUCCACUUCCGGACCGAAAAAAUUACGAUGUUCUGGCCAAUGCCCACGUCACUCGUAUUCUGUUUGAUAGCUCUUCACACUCGGACAAUCUCACAGCAAACUCUGUCGAGUAUACUACUGACGAUGGUGUGACCAAGUUGACCGUCAAUGUUACCAAAGAGGUUAUUCUCACAGCUGGGACUGUUGGUAGUCCAGCCAUCCUUUUGUAUAGUGGUGUUGGUCCCAAGGACAUUCUAUCUAGUGCUGGUGUUGAUUUGGUGUCGGAACUUCCUAGCGUUGGCCAACAUCUUCAAGACCAUCUCAGCGCUACUGUAACUUGGAGUACCGAUAUGGAUACUGCGGGCUCCAUCUGGUAUGACGAUAGCAGUGAAAAGAAUGAUACACUGUACCUCUCAUAUAUAGAUGAUGCAGUCGCAUACGUCAACUCCACCGCUCUCUACGGCACUCGUGUCCAGGAGAUGGAGACUACCAUCCUAUCUAAUAUUGACCAGUACUCACCAAACACGACAUCAGAUGCUGGUGUUAUUGCCGGCUACAAGACAAUCUACAAUACCACUGCAUCGAAGAUAUUCAACACCCCAAUUGGCCAGAUCGAGCUUCUGUUCGUAAACAGCGACGGCAACGGUGAUGUUGGUAUCACCGCUGCUCUCCAGCACCCGUACAGUCAUGGACGUAUCUAUAUCAACUCGUCAAAUCCAAUGGAUUACCCUGUCAUUGACCCUAACUACCUCAAUAAUCCAGCUGAUUACGAGAUUUUACGCGAGGGCCUCAAGCUCGCACGCACUCUGGGCGAGACAAGCCCGCUAAGCACAAACCUUACCGGCGAAACUGCACCAGGCUCAGAUGUCAAAACCGAUGAUGAAUGGCUAGACUGGCUGCGCAACCACGCUAGCACUGAAUUCCACCCAUCCUCAACAUGUGCCAUGCUCCCUCGCGACCAGGGCGGUGUGGUAGAUGCAGACCUUCGCGUGUACGGACUGUCCAAUGUCCGCGUCGCCGACGCCAGCGUACCCCCUAUCUCAUUGUCCACACAUCUCAUGGCUUCAACAUACGGAGUUUCAGAGCAAGCGAGUAAUAUUAUUCGAGCAUUCUACAACUUACCCAAGAUCUCAGUGAAGUCGACGACGAUUUCUUCUUCCUCUACGCCCACAUCGACCACUUCGGCGCCGAGCAAAAUUGCUGUUGUCAAAAGUAACAGCAGUUUCCUUGGCUACCGAAGUGAUCCUCUUUUACAUAUUUGGAUACCACUUGUUAUUAUUUCAGCGCAUCUGGGCGGUCUGCUCAACUUGUUUAUCUAG